AUGACUUUUAGUAAUUUAAUUGUUAAUGGGUAUGAUGAAUUGAAGAAAACUAUUCUUUCUAAUAAAGGGAGGCGUAUUUUUGUUUUAUUUACCGGAUCGAAAAACAGUGAUGGUGUAUCAUGGUGCCCAGAUUGCGUUGAAGCUGAACCUGUAAUCGAAGAGGCAAUAGAAAAAGAUUUGACAAAAGAGGAAAAUGUUACCUUCAUAACAUGUUUUGUUGGUGAACGUGCUUACUGGAAAGAUAUGGAGAAUCCAUUUAGAAAAGAUGAUGAAUUUAAAGUUAAUUGUAUUCCAACUCUUAUUGAGAUUGGAGUUAAAGGAAAACGCUUAACAGAAGAACAACUUCAAAAUAUGGUUCUUCUGAAUGAAUUUUUCUUUGAUGAAUGA